ACGAGUUACAGAAUCGCACCACAGUGCAGGUUUUCUCUCUGCUAAUACGCUUGAUAAAAAAUAUGACUGGCGUAGGAACGGAAUUGAUCCGUUUGGAGCCAUCUAUUGAACCAUGAACGCUUGACACAAAGAUUGGUUAGGUUAGGCUAGGUUUUAGGUUAGUUUCAAGUUAAUCGUAUGCUAACCUUUGGAAUUUGUUCUAGCCAAAAUGUUUAUCAAACCGUUUAAAGUUAAAUCCAAUAAUCAAUUAAAAGGAACCGAAAGGAAGAAGUUAUGCGAGGAAGUAUUGGCAGCUUAUCCGAGUUUAUCAGAUGAGGAAAUCCAAUUAUUAUUACCUAAAAAGGAAUCCAUUAGUGUUAUGAAGAUAGUAACAUACAGUGGACAUAUGGCUAAAAUAUAUUGUGUGGCUAAGAUACCUAUGUUUUUCCAGUUGGACUUAAAGACUACUAUAUUGUUCCCGACAAUUUAUACUUUGUGGCAUCAUCCAUGUUUGUUAGACACUUUUACUACACGUAUGCCAGUUGUAUCCAAGUUGGCAGGUGGUGCAGAUCUAAUGUUGCCUGGGUUAGUCUUGAAAGAACCAUUGACUCUUUAUACUUUUGGUAAAUUGUCCAAAGGUACUCCUGUAUCAGUUAAUACAGACGAUAAUAAGGCAUCAGUUGCUGUUGGCAUUACUGCACUUUCUAGCGAGGACAUGUAUAUGGCUGCUGGUCGUGGCAAAUGUGUGGAGGUUUUCCACGUGAUUGGCGAUAUGCUUUGUCAAUUAGGCAAGCCGCCCGUGAGACCAGAUUUGGGAUCACCGUAUGUUGAGAAUUCUGGUAACACAUCGGAAAGUACCGAGACGGAUAGUCAGCAGAUGGACAUGGAACAAACUGAAGCAUUGUCAAAUAAAUUAGAUCAACUAAAUCUCGACGAGAAUGCGAGUGAAGUCAUGGAUGAGACUGGUAUUUUAGAGGAAGAGGAAUACAUAGAGAACGAAGAAGAUGUGAAAACGGACGAUGUACAAAGCCCAGAUGUGAUCGAGCCGGAAGUAGCGCUAGACCCGAUUCAGGAGAUGGACGAGUUACUGGAGUAUUGUUUCCUGAAAGCAUGCAAAACGUCGAUAAAGUCCAGCGACCUGCCGAUGCUGUCGUCCAACUUCUUCAAGAAUCACCUGUUGGCUGCCUGUCCGCCGGGCAAGAACGUUGACGUGAAGAAGUCUCGCUACAAAAAGUUGUCGGUCUUUUUGGCGGAAAUGAAGGCGAAAGGAAUCAUCAACACGUCCGUAACGAAAGGUGUAGAAACUUUGUUGUCGAUCAAGUUUGAUCACCCCCUCGUGAAGCGAUUAGUCGUAACCGAGGAACGAGUCGCAGCUGAGCCGGUGAUCUCCAGUAGCGCCGUCGUCUCGGAAUGCUACCGUGUGACCGCUGACGUCCUGCCAGUUUUGUCGAAAUUCGGAUACGAAAAGGGUGAUGUGAUGAAGAGAGCUGAGAUCAGGAAGUACUUCACCGAGUAUGUAAAAGCGGAGGACCUCCAGAAUGGAAAAAUGUUGAAGCUGAGCCCGCAGCUGGCCGCGAUCAUGCGUACCAAGGUACAUCAAGAGACGGUGACAAUGGAGGACGGGAUCAACAAGUUUAUUGGCCGUAUGACGCACAUGCACGAGGUUACUCUCGCGGGCAACACGUUGUUGCACACGGGCAAGCUGGAGCCGGUCGACAUGAGGGUGGUGGUGCGGUCGGGGGGCAAGAAGGUGACGUUGGUCAACAAUCUGGAGACUUUCGGGAUCAACUCGAAGGAGUUCAGCAAGGAGUGUCAGAACAUCGGUGCGAGCGCGACAAUCACUGACGACCCUGGCAAGAAGACCCCCAGUGUUCUCGUUCAGGGCAAUCAGAUUUUAUACGUGUACAAAUUGCUCACGGAGAAAUACCAGAUCAAAAAGAAUUACAUCAGAGGCUUGGAGUUCGCCCCAAAAAAGCAGAACUUUUCGCACAAGAAGUAGACACGAUUGCUUGUCCCGUGAAGAACUAGAAUUUCCUUCUCGACAGUGUGUCGCACGAAAUGCGUCCAUUUAACACAUACGUCAUCCUUCUCUUGUAGUAUCGAAUUCGCGACUAUCUAGCCAACGUUGUCAGUGAUGAUUCGUCAUCACGCUAUCAUUAUUUGUUCAAAUCGUUAUAUAGAGGACUUUCCACAGGAUAUCACGUACGAUAGAGACGAAUUCAAUUGUACUUUCACUACGAAGGGACGUUGCUAUUAUGUCGAUGUAUCACUGGAAAAGUGUUUUCUAAAUAUAUGUUAAAACGAAA